AUGUCAAAAACAACAACGAACGAUAAUAAACCGUCUUCAUCCAAUUCAUUUUCUAAAGAAAACUUACCUUCAGAUAGUGUUUCACAAGCGUAUAAACCAGGUUUAUACAGAUAUCAAGAACUACCCAUUGAACAGCGAAAAACCAUUUUUCGACAGCGACAAGAAGCAUUAAACCCUUGUUUGAAAGAAUCAGAAAAAUCUGAAAGAUGUUUAGCCAUGUAUGGUUACGAUAUUAACUCAUGUCGCCUUCAGGCAGCUAUUGAACGCUUUCGACGAGGAAAUGCAAUGGCAAAACAAGAUGGUUUUCCACCAUUAGAAGAACGACCAAUAUGGAAGAAACAAGUAUCGGAAUGGUUAAGUACUGGAAUAAUAACUAUGCCAGAUGAAUUAAAAGAUGAUAAUAUAUAA